AUGCCUCCUCGUACCCGUACUCGUCGAUCACGUAAUAUUGUCAACACCACGCCGUCAUCGUCGUCAUUGCCUUUUUCACCGCCGUCCUUGUCCUCAGUCGCCACUCGAUCAUCAUCAUCAUCAUCAUCAUCAUCAUCAUCGCUGCCGUUGUUUUCGUCGCCAUCUUUGUCUUCAGUUGCAGAGCCACACCCACAUCCACCAGGAGUACAAUCAUCAUAUCCACGCCUUACUGCCACAUGCCAAGGGUCCAGGAGUGUUGAGAAUAGUACACGAGAGGAUGAUAUUCUCCAACAAUCUCUUGACAGUAUACAAGAAAUUCGAGCCAAAGGUACAACUCUUGUAUAUAACCCUAAGCAAACAAUGUAUAAGGAAUGGUGUAUGGAAAACGAAUACGAAGAUGGUUACAUUGUGACCGAAAAGAAGUUACUACGUUUUUUGGAUGAGCGAGUGGUCCCAACAGGCAACCAAAGGAAAGAUUUACAACCCGAUGGCAACCCAUAUCCACUCGGCACUUCAGCAAUUGAUCAAUACAUCAAUGCAGUUGUUGAUAUCUACGCUACCCAACAAUCGAAAGGCCAAAACAGCCAUCCUCAUCCCCGUGGUCUCGCACUGAAAUCGUGGAAAAGAGCGAAGGCUUUUCAUCAAAGAGAGUUGAGGCGAAGAUUGAAGGUGGAUCGUGGCAUAGGGGGGAUCAAUGAUGGCUAUACUCGUGAGGAGAUGGUUAAGGUGGCCGACUACUUUUUCCAAAAUGGUGCUGAACAUGACUUGCGCGAACGUAUGGCUUUUUUGUUUCAUCACAUGCUGCUAUUACGGGGCGAAGAUACUCGAGCCCUAGAGUUUGCCGAUAUUUUUACUCUCAAUUUCGACAAUGAAGGACCCACUGAAUGCCCUGCACUCGUUUUACAAUUUGACGGGGGAAAGACGAAUCAAAAUCAUCUCAAGCAAUACGCUGCUACCAUUAGGCACGAAAACGUGCAGACGUGCGCGAUCGGUGCAAUGGCUAUAUAUUUUUUUCAACGAUUUGAAAGAAACGGCGAGGAGUUCCCAAGUUUUGAAGACAACGAUUGGUUCGAGAUAAAGGUGUGCAAAGGCCAUGAUCGCAUGAAAGAAAUGAGUUACGACACACAACGCAGAGCAAUAACGAAAGCUUUUAAGCGUUGCCAAAUCCAUAGUCGCCACAAAACACAUGCUGGGAGAGGAUCAGGUGCGAGGUAUGCUGUAUCAUCGGGUGCAACCGAGGAUCAAGUUAGGAAGCAUGGUCGGUGGCAGCAAGACGCUCUGCAAAAACAUUAUUUGACCGGUUUGCCGAAACAGGUGAUAAGGACGAUGAACGGCUUCCCCCCUGAAGGCCAUGGUUUUUUCUUGAAACGUGCUUGCGUCACUCCUAGUGAAGAAUUACAGCAAAAGAUUUUCCCUCAAGUUGAAGACUACUUGGAUCGUGUUCAACGUGGUGAUGGAUGCCAAAGAACAAUUUGCGGUCAAGGUUUUCUGCUUUUGCUACAAAAGUUGCGUUUGAUAUUCCUUCAAGACGUGGUGAUGUUGCGCGCAAUUCCCGGUUUGCAGUGUUCGAGCCUAUUCAGCCAUAAACUAUUUCAAGACCCCGAGUUUCUGAAUUUUGAACCACAACUUCUACAUGUUUCAAACACUGAACCAGAUCCCCAACAACAAAGCUUGCACAGUAUUGUACCUACCAUAAGCGACCAGCUGACAUCGAUUCAUGCCAAAAUGGAUGGCAACCAAGCUGCUGUCAUGAAAGAGUUGGAUAAGAUGAGCCAAGAGAAUAACAAUUUGGAAGGGAGGGUCAAGCAUGUGUUCAAGGAUAUCUUCCGUGGGUUGUUUAGUGAAGGAAACCAUGAUCGCGUCGAGAUGGAUGGUAACAGCAGCAGGAGCGUGGAUGGUAGCCACGGCAGGGACAUGGAUGGUAGCCACGGCAGGGACAUGGAUGGUAACGACAACACAAGCGCAAAAAAUACACAACAAAAAGCCCCUGCGUAUGUUCUCAGCCGCGAGCUGACCACUGUCGAUGAGGUGUGGCGAGAGUGGGAUGAAGGUUUGUACCGAGGCACCCCAGCAGUAAGAGAUCUAGAAAAAAGGUAUCAAGCAACAUGGCGAAGCAGUGUGAAAGAACGAAAGUUUUUCAGUAAACGGAAGAAGAUCAUUGAUGCUAUAUACCAGAUUCAAGAAGAGGAGCAUGUUUCAAUCACUGAAGCUGUAAAUCGCCUUGAAGAACGACGUGGGACUUGGAGUCUCGAUCGAUUAUGGAAGGAACUAAACAAUCAGCGUGGCCGCACCACAGGAUGA